AUGGGGUGGGAGGUUAAAGGUCUGGGAUUUGGGCGAUAUGGUAAGCCCGGCGCACACACUGUUCGUAUGCCUCCAGCUCAGCCGCGUCGAGGAUCGCAAAGAGACGAGGUUGUUUAUGUGAAAUUUGCACACAUCUCACCUUACAACCGUGAAGACAAAGGACGCUAUCUGCUUGGCCGUGUGCCAGAGACCCCAACCACAGGCAAAGCGAAGUUGCAACCAACGUACCGAUUUGGCUGCCCAUUCAUUACGCACCUAAUACCGACCUAA